GCUCUCGGUUUACCGGGGAAGGCAGAGGGAUCCCGGGCUCGCAGCCGCCCCGGGACGGGGGACACCGGAGGGAGUGGGGAUAGCUCGGGAAGGGCACGGGCGAUCCCGUUUCCUACGGCGGGACCGGAGCCCCCGGUUCACCGGGGCAGGCACGGGGACCCGGUCCCGCAGCCGCCCCGGAACGGGGCUGAGCGGCCGCGAACAUCGAGCGGCUCCGCCGGUCGAUCCCGUUUCCUCCCGCGGGACCGGAGUUCCCAACGCAUCCGGCAGCUCCGCCCGGUUCUCCUCAUGUGACCGGGGCAGAGGAGGAGCCGGAGCAGCCGGUGGAGCCGCCGAGCCCCGGUGCGAUGCGGCUGUGGGCGCUGCCGCUGCUGCUGCUGGGAGCGCUCCGGCCCCGCGCGGCCCCGGCGCGCAACGCGCUGCUCCUGCUGGCCGAUGAUGGUGGCUUCGAGAUCGGCAUCUACAACAACUCAGCCAUCCAGACACCCAACCUGGAUGCACUGGCCCGGCGCAGCGUGGUCUUCCAGAACGCUUUCACCUCCGUCAGCAGCUGCUCCCCGAGCCGCGCCAGCAUCCUGACUGGCUUACCCCAGCACCAGAAUGGGAUGUAUGGGCUGCAUCAGGAUGUGCACCACUUCAACUCCUUCGACAGCGUGCAGAGCCUGCCUCGGCUGCUCAGCCAAGCAGGCAUCCGGACAGGGAUAAUUGGGAAGAAGCAUGUUGGGCCUGAGGCCGUCUACCCCUUUGACUUCGCCUACACAGAGGAGAACAGCUCGGUGUUGCAGGUUGGGAGAAACAUCACUCGAAUCAAAGCGCUCGUCCGGCAAUUCCUGCAGAGCCAGGAUGAGAGGCCUUUCUUCCUCUACAUCGCGUUCCACGAUCCCCACCGCUGCGGGCACUCCCAGCCCCAGUAUGGGGCUUUUUGUGAGAAAUUUGGCAAUGGAGAGAGCAGCAUGGGCUGGAUCCCAGACUGGAAGCCACAGCUCUACAGCCCGGAGCAAGUGCAGGUCCCCCACUUUGUCCCGGACACGCCGGCUGCCCGAGCAGACCUGGCAGCCCAGUACACAACCAUCGGGCGCAUGGACCAAGGGAUUGGGCUGGUCCUGGAGGAGCUGCAGCGUGCUGGCUUCCAGAACAGCACCCUGGUGAUCUACACCUCCGAUAACGGCAUCCCCUUCCCCGGUGGCAGGACCAACCUCUACCAGUCAGGCACCGCUGAACCCCUGCUGAUCUCCUCCCCGGAGCACACCAAGCGCUGGGGGCAGUUCAGCCAGGCCUUCACCACCCUCCUGGAUCUCACGCCAACCAUUUUGGACUGGUUCUCCAUCCCUUACCCUUCUUACAGCAUCUUUGGCAGGAAGCGGGUGCAGCUCACCGGAAAGUCUCUCCUGCCAGCACUGGAGUCAGAGCAGCCCUGGGACACCACCUUCAGCAGCCAGAGCCACCACGAGGUGACCAUGUACUACCCUAUGCGAGCCAUCAAGCACCAGCAGUUCCACCUCAUUCAUAACCUCAACUACAAGAUGCCCUUUCCCAUCGACCAGGACUUCUACAUCUCGCCCACAUUCCAGGACCUUCUCAACCGCACCAGAGCUGGGCAGCCAACCCACUGGAACAAGACCCUGCACCAGUACUACUACAGGGACCGCUGGGAGCUCUUUGACUGCAGCCGCGAUCCCACCGAGAGCCAGAACCUGGCCCACGACCCCCACUACGCUGCUGUCUUCCAGCUGCUCCGCACACAGCUCUUGAAGUGGCAGUGGGACACAAAUGAUCCAUGGGUGUGCGCCCCCGAUGCUGUCCUGGAGGAGAAACUGAGCCCCCAGUGCCAGCCACUGUACAACGAGCUGUGAGCAUCACGUCUGCCACAGGACAGCCCUGCGUGGCCCAUUGGGCACGAGGGGGUCGGGGCAGGAUCCCAGCUGGGCUAGUCCCAAAUCCCUGAGGCUCUGCUUUCCGUAUCACAAACACUGCCUGGCCCUGGAGCAGCCAGGGAUCCUUGUGCCUUUAUUCCCAGCCAGAGGAGCCGUAGGGCCAAGUUGCUCCUCAGUAAAUCCUCUGGGGGAGAGGACUCUGUUUUAACCUGGAGCUGAGCCUGCCAGCUCCCAGCACUGCCGUCUCUGUGCCUGCUGACCGCCCUUGGGGAAAAAGGCCAAUGGGUACCAGCGAGGAGGCAGCAGGGGGAUGGUUUAAUUUAACAAAAUUAAGUGUCACAGGGC